CAACCAGCCGCACGCCCUCCUCGGCGGCGCGGCGAGGAAGGCGGCGGAGAGGCAACGGAGGCGUGGUUGAGGGAUUCCGGCGUGGAGCGGCGCCGGGAGAGGGGAGAAGCGGCGGCGGCGGCGGCGGCGGCAUGGCCAUCGAGUGCCUCGUGCUAGGGGCGGGGCAGGAGGUGGGGAAGAGCUGCGUGGUGGUCACCUUCGGCGGCGGGAAGCGCGUCAUGUUCGACUGCGGCAUGCACAUGGGCCACCGCGACAGCCGCCGCUACCCGGACUUCGACCGCCUCCUCGCCGACGGCGCCGCCGACUACACCGCCGCCAUCUCCUGCGUCGUCAUCACCCACUUCCAUUUGGAUCAUAUCGGAGCACUGCCGUACUUCACCGAGGUCUGCGGUUACCACGGUCCAGUUUACAUGACGUACCCGACAAAGGCUUUAGCUCCAUUGAUGCUGGAAGACUAUCGGAAAGUAAUGGUAGAUCAUAGAGGAGAGGAAGAGCAAUAUAGCUAUGAAGACAUCCUACGCUGUAUGAGGAAAGUUAUACCAUUGGACCUGAAGCAGACCAUUCAAGUAGAUAAGGACCUUUCGAUCCGUGCCUAUUAUGCUGGACAUGUUCUAGGGGCUGCAAUGAUAUAUGCAAAAGUUGGAGAUGCUGCUAUUGUGUACACUGGAGAUUACAAUAUGACACCAGAUAGGCACCUUGGAGCAGCGCAAAUUGAUCGUCUGAAGUUAGAUCUGUUGAUAACAGAAUCAACAUAUGCUAAAACUGUGCGUGACUCGAAGCAUGCCCGAGAGAGGGAGUUCUUAAAAGCAGUCCAUAAGUGUGUUUCUGGAGGUGGUAAAGUUCUAAUUCCAGCAUUUGCUCUUGGAAGAGCACAGGAGCUAUGCAUACUACUGGAUGACUAUUGGGAAAGGAUGAACCUGAAGAUUCCUAUUUAUUUCUCAGCUGGUUUAACCAUUCAAGCCAACAUGUACUACAAAAUGCUUAUUGGAUGGACUAGCCAAAAGAUCAAGAACAGCUACACAGUUCAUAACCCAUUUGACUUCAAGCAUGUUUGCCACUUUGAGCGUUCUUUCAUUAACAAUCCUGGUCCAUGUGUGCUUUUUGCAACACCUGGUAUGAUUAGUGGUGGAUUUUCCCUUGAAGUGUUUAAGAAAUGGGCUCCAUCAGAAAAAAAUCUGGUUACACUUCCUGGAUAUUGUGUUGCUGGAACCAUUGGCCAUAAGUUGAUGUCUGGAAAACCUACCAGGAUUGACAUAGACAAGGACACCCAUAUUGAUGUCAGAUGUCAGAUCCAUCAACUGUCAUUCAGUCCUCAUACAGACUCAAAGGGGAUCAUGGAUCUUACUGAAUUUCUUUCUCCCAGUCAUGUAAUUCUAGUUCAUGGCGAAAAACCUCAGAUGGCUUUCUUGAAGGAGCGGAUCGAAUCCGAGUUGGGGAUGCAAUGCUGUUACCCAGCUAACAACGAGACCGUCUCUAUUCCGACAUCCCAGAACUUGAAAAUAAACGCCACGGAGAAGUUCAUUGUGAGCUUCUGCAUGGAUGAAACUGAAAAUGAUCCGCAGAAGCAGAACCUGAAUUUUGGUGGCGACAUGCCACAAGGCUGCAGGACUGAAGGAGUAGCUGAGGGCGUUCUUCUGAUGGAGAAGUCCAAGACUCCGAAGAUUUUGCGCGAGGACGAGCUGCUUCACUCGCUGGGCAUGGAAACGCAUUUUGUCCAUUUUGAACCACUGCAUCCGUCCAGCAUUGAGGUAAAACAUACUGGUGAGUCCGCGGUGCAGCAGAGCAGUUUAGAACAUUUAGACUGCGAGUGAAAUGAAUGAACAAUUCUUCUUUUCAACUACUCUCGACUUUGGAGACUUUUGAGAGGUAUAGCCAGAAGGGGAAGAGUUGUGUAGUUAGACUGUUGGAAAAAAAGAACACUUUUCAUCCGUCAAUUGUUAUUUUGGUGGAUUAAACCCUAGUCUUUUCUCUUUUCUUCUGGGGCGUCAACCCCAAUUCUAUAUUCUUUGGAGGUGCAGCGGGUGCUUAUCAAAUCUGUCACCCCCAAUUCUAUAUUCUUUGGAGGUGCUUAUCAAAUCUGUUUCUUAGGCUGAACAUAUAAUUCCAACUUUGAUAAGUCUUU